AUGGCCAAUCAACAGCACUCUAAGCCCAGAAUAACCAAUCAGAGCACCAGUCAAACCACCGCCACCGCCAGUAACCCCGGCAGCUCAGCCCAGUUAGGCAGACACUGUGCUAGGGUUAGGGAUGAGGGCUGGGAGGAUGAGGAAGAGGAGGCAGACCAGGAGGCUGACCAAGUACAUGGCACCUCCACUUGCUCCCAAACACCCACCUACGACACUGUCAGCCCAUAUUCUGAGGACCCAGAUGUAGUGAUAGAGGACGUGGAGUAUAUUGAGGAUGGAUGUGACGUAGAUGUAGAGCCAGAUCCAGACCAGGACAGUCAUCACAGGACGGGAGGGGGACAGAGAGGGUCCACAGGGGGCUUUGAGCCAGGGAGAGGUAGGGGACAGAGAGGGGCUGUAGCGGGCUGUUGGAGACCGAGAGAUGCCACUGACCAUGGGAGGGGCAGGGGACAACAUGGGGACAAACCUCCAGCUACCCAGCAGGAGCAGACCCAGAGCCAGAACCAGACCAGGGCUCCAAAAGGAAGACCUCCUACCCAGAACAAGACUGGCAAACUGGGCAAACAAACACAGACAUAUGACCUGUGUGUGACCCCACUGGAAGUCAACCCUCUGGGCCUGUCAGGUACGCAGUCCGAGAGUGCCAUCAGCAGGCACGAGAUCACCAGUGGGGAGCGGUUCUUCUACGGGGCUCACAUGGGCAGCGAGACACGCAAUGUAGAAUUCAAGAGAGGAGGAGGAGAGUACCUGCGCUCGUCGUUCCGUGCCCACCUGCGCCGCUACGCCUGUGCCUUCCUGAACAGUGGAGGGGGCAGCCUGCUGGCGGGGGUGGAUGACGACGGGGUGGUGAGGGGUCUACGCUGUGACCACAGACAGGAGGACCAGGCACGGCUGCUGGUGGACUCUAUCCUAAAGGGCUUCCACCCUACCCUGUUACCACACUCCUACACCCUGGCCUUCCUCCCAGUGGUCAGACUGGGGCCCGAGAGCCAGAAUCUGAAGGUGCUGCGCCUCACCCUGCGGCCCCCCCCAGCCCUCACCCAGCAGGGCCUUUACCAGACCGACCAGGGAGAGGUGUUCCUCAGGAGGGAUGGCAGUGUGGAGGGACCGCUGUCUGCUAGCGCCAUCCAGGAGUGGGCCAGGCAGAGGUGGAGUGGGGAGGUGAGUCGUCUGCAGCACCGUGUGGAGGUCCUUCUGUCUGAGCAGCGACUGCUUCUGCAGGAUAUACGCCAGCAGAGCCAGGCCAUCGCUGCCCUGCAGAGUGCACAGACUCAGGCUCCGUCACAGGCACAGGGAUAUACACAGGCUCCAACACAGGCUCCAACACAGGCUCCAACACAGACACACUUACAUGUACACACACACACCCAGGCACAUGUGAAGACACCAACAACUGAGAGCCUUGGGGACAGGCUGAUGCAGAUUUUAGGGAAGGCAGGGCGAGCGACACCACUAAACCGAGAAGUCCCUUCAGUCACCCCAGCAACACCCAGCUCAGCUCUGCCGCUGGUACCCUUCAUGGCCCCUGAUCUGGACUUGCUCCGGGAAUCUCCAGGCAGGGCCCAUCUCUGCCCAUCUCUGUCCCCAGGGCACAACCAAGGCCCUGGACCCCCACACUGCCCUCAGUGCCAAUGUACAGAGUGCAGAUCAAACAUCUGCAGACUGAUGUGAAUGAAUGGCCAGGUUCAACUUCCAACCUUCUGAAUGUCGAUAGAUAUAAUCCACCCUUCCACUGAAAUACAACCCAUCUCCCUCAGUCACUGACUAAUGUGUUAAGUUUUCUCUCUGGAAGCUAAAACAUAUCUCUAGUACCUCCAACACACCAACGAGAUGAGCAGUAGGCAUUACAGUGCUGCCUUGUCUGCAUUAUGCUGCAGUGUUAGACCACAUACACCAGGUGGCAGCAGAGACCAAGCCCUCCCUCUCGGUCAUCACUAGUUACCACAGCCGCAAAGUCAUAACCCCACCUAUUUCUAUCAUUUAUCUUCUUAAAAUUUGAUUUUAAUCCUAACCUUAACCCUUAACCACACUGCAAACUUUAUGCCUAACCCUAAUCUUAAAUGAAGACAAAAAAGCAUAUUUUUGUUUUCAUGAAUUAGGAAACAUACAAUCUUUACUUUGUGGCUGUGCUAUCUAGUGGAAACCCUCCCUCUCUCCAUUCUCUCUGUUGUCAUUUGGAGGUAAU